CGUACACUAAGUGAUCCCUCCGGAAUACAUCAUUUUUCAUUGUGAUGGUGUAUGUUUAGGAGAAUGGUUCUUCCUGUUUGACACUGCGAGUCACCACAUUAAGAAGGAUUGUUGUUAUAUGACUGCACAAACCUUUUAGAAUUAUUUCCUUUUGUUAUGGAUAUCGUUAAAGGGCUGCUGUUACUGUUCAUUUGUCAUUGUGUAUAUGGCCGUCCAGAAUUACAAAUAACACUAAAUAAACAGACUGAUAAUUCCUCAAAUAUCAGUGAAAUCAUCGAAUUUGAUGAUUUGUGUUCCCAUCUACCAGAUGGUGCCUAUCCUGAUUACAGCCAAGCAUGCAGAAUGUUCUUCAUUUGUUCGCAAGGGAAGAAAGCAGCAACUUUUUGGUGUACAAAAGGAUUUGUCUUCAGUAUGACUUCUGGACAUUGUGAACCUCCUGACAGAGCAAUGUGUCCAGAUCGCCAAAAUCCUUCAGUUUUGGAUGACGUAAUUAGAUUUCAUGGUGAAGCAGAAGAAUGCAGACAAGGAGAUGGGGUAUACCCCAAUUUCGCUAAUGGAUGUUCAUCGUUUUACAUUUGCAAAGGAGGUGUAAAAUUAAAUUUCAAGUGCCCAAGAUCCUUGAUGUACGAUUGGAGAACAAAAUCCUGCCGAGACACCAACAGCAUAUCCUGUGGUACUUUAACAUGUAGGAACAAAGAAGAUGGAAUAUACAUUGAUUCCGGAAGUUAUUGUAAACGUUAUUUUGAAUGCAUUAAUGGAAAUAUUUCUGAAUAUGUGUGUCCAGAAGGAACUAUUUAUAAUGCUAGACAGCAUCGAUGCACAAAAAGCUCAAUUACUCGAUGCCAUGGAUUGGAAGCAAUUCAGUGCGCUGGAUUACCUGAUGGAUAUUAUCCAGACUUCAGUACAGACUGCAAAGUGUUUGGACUAUGUAUGAAUGGUGGAUUGAAAACAUACAAUUGUCCAUCUAAAACACUGUUUGAUUCAAAAUCCCUCACAUGCGAAACAGAUGCUGACUGCCCAAAAUUAGAUAUUAACAAAUGCAUGAGUAAAAGUAAUGGAAUUCACCCCAAUUUCGAAUCUGGAUGUCGUGAUUUUUUUAUAUGCCUUGAUGGAUUGUUGACUCACCAAGGGUCAUGCCCAAUGGGCAAACUUCUAAAUCCUUUGACAGGUAACUGUCAACCCUCUUCAUUGGUAACUUGUUCUCCAAUUGUGGAUACUGAUUGUGAUGGAUUACCUGAUGGCGUUUAUCCUGAUUAUGAUACCGGUUGCGCGGCUUAUUUUAUUUGCCUCAGUCAGAAAAGAGUUUCUACUGCAUAUUGCUCAGGCACAGAUCUUUUCGAUAUAGCUACAGGAAAAUGCUUGCCUUCUAGUUUCGUUGUAUGCCGCGAUCAUUCAUCUUUUGUUACUGCACCGCGUUUAUUCGAUUCUUACAAUUGUGAUAAUCGACUUGGUAUUUUUCCAGAAUUUUCCAGUGAUUGUCGCAGAUAUGUUACAUGCGCAUACGGACAGUUGAAAUUUCAUGAAUGCCCUGAAGGCGCAGUUUUUGAUUCAGAAACAAAUUCCUGCAAAAAUAAAAUAAGUAGCUGUAAAGCCCCUUUUGCCAUUGCCACAUUUCAAUGUUUGCCUGGUGACGAUGGUGUAUAUGUAGGUAUCAAUUGCUCAGAAUGGCAUGAAUGUCGAAACGGUGUCGGUUUUACAAAUAUUUGUCCACGAGGCAUGCAAUACGAUAUGCAUUUAGGCAAAUGCAUCUUAGGAUCAGAUGAGUGCUCACAAGAAUACAUCAUUCAACGUAGAGUAUUUAGCACUAUGGCCAUUGUACCGACCGAAAUCAGAGAUUCCAGCUUCACUUGCCCUCAAGAUAUAAAUGGAAUAUUCGGAGAGUCAUCACAUUGCAGGAAAUUCCAUUUUUGUGUGGAAGGCAAGAAAAUAUCUUAUGUUUGCCCAGUUAAUUUCGCAUACAACGAGAAAGCUCAAAGCUGCAUUUACUCUAAAGGAACAAAUGCUUGUGAGAAUUCAAGACUAAGACUUUCUGACAAUAAAAGUUCUUUCAGUUGUGCUCACCUAGAAGAUGGCAUGUACGAAGAUUUUGAUUUGGAUUGUAGACGCUAUUUUGUAUGUGAAAAUGGUAAAAGCAUUCCUGUGUAUUGUCCUGAAGGACAAAAAUUCAAUUCUGUAAAAAUGAUGUGUGACCGAGAAGAGUACGUCCAAUGUCUACCUUCAACGAAAUAUUUAACUGAUUUACCAAUCGAAAAACAAAACAGGCAGACGGAUGAUGUUUAUCAUGUAUUUAGGCCAGAGGAUUUAUACACAGAAACACUUGGAUACAUACCUCGUAGGGAGCAACCAGUUACAAAAGUGUAUCAAAAAGAGCAGCCGAUCACAAGGACCUAUCAAAAGGAGCAACCAGUCACAAGGGCCUAUCAGAAAGAGCAGCCGGUAACAAAAAGCAGAAUGUGGGAUGAUUACGAUAAUUAUCCGUCUGACAUUGCUUCACCAAGUUCAACCGAUAACAUUUAUGAUGAUCUGAGCAACUCAAAAGCUCCUAAUUCAAUUCAAAGUGACUUUUCAAGCAAAAGACAAUAUCCAUCCAAACAUUUAUCAAAUCCGAUACAAACAGACUAUACAAGGCAAUCUGAACUUACUAAAACAACUGUAAUUACUACUAGGAAUUACGAUGAUACUCAACAUUCUAAUGGGUCCACAAGACCUCAUCAAAUUGAAAUACAAAAUGGAGAUUUCGAUGCAGCCUGCAGAAAAGGUGAUACUGGUUUCUUCCCUGACUACGCUAGUGGCUGUAAAAUGUUCCAUAUAUGCUUUAAAACAAUACGCAAAACAUACAGUUGUCCUAGUGUUUUACUGUUCAAUCCGGAAACAAAGAACUGCGAUUUACCAGAGAAUGUUUUUUGCACAAGACCUGAGCCAAUCAUUGAAGAAACAUUUGACUGCAAAGGAAGAACCAACCAGUUCGUGCCGGAUUAUGCUUCUGGAUGUAAAAACUAUAUAGGCUGUAUCAAUAACCUCCCAUAUCGAUUCCUGUGCCCAAAAGGUAAAAUAUUUAGUUUAGAAACAGCAAUCUGCGAGCCGGAAUCGAACACAGAAUGCAGAUAUCCCUUAGAUUAUAAUUCAACAGAUGAGAAUAUACAGGAGGGAAGUGAAGACACAAUUAUAUCUCACAGACAUGUUCACAGUAUUCCAGGACAGUUUUUUUUCACUUGCACGAAUAAACCAGAUGGAUUUUAUCCUGAUUAUAAUCGGCAUUGUCAUGUAUUCUACAGGUGUGUAAGAGGCAAGAAAUUCUCCCAUUAUUGUAAACAGGGCCUGCUAUUCAAUCCAGAUUCGGGCAUCUGUGAUUUUGAAGAAAAUGUUAAAUGUACACCAAAUAAUGGGACAGAAUUGGCAAGCUGAAAAUAAAUAUUAUUUUUAAUGUCAUCUUUUCAUGUAAAACUAAUGAAAAUUUUAUAAUUGAAAUAUCAGUAACAAUUUUAAGUUCGCUCACCUCCAUGUAAUUUGCGCAGCAGCAAAAUACUAUUUGAGAAUGCGAAUUAGAAGAAAUCCUCUUCUGUAAUUACUAUGUAAUACAUUUAAAAUUCUCAUUGAGUAAAAAUAUCACUGAUGUGAAAUUUGUGUAUGUAUAUAUAUUCAAUUUAUUAACCGCUGGUCGGUUGAUAAAUGAAAUAUUAAUGUUUAUAACCAUAGAAAAUUAUUUUAAAAACAGAUAUGAUAAAUAUAUGUAUGUUUAUAUAAGAAGCUAUUUAGUACAACAGCUCUUGUUAGGGCUUAAAAUAUCUGAAUUAAUAUUGUAGAAGGAGGUUCAAUAAUUUCAUUGCAGUAGCUUAUUUUGUUUAAAUUUCUUAUUUUCAAACAAUACGAGUCAUUUUAAAUCACUGGCUGAAUAUGACAAUUAAUGCUGAAAAUAUAAGUUUCAAUUCCUUAAUACCAUCUACGAGAGAGUAGUCAAAAAGUGCUCUAUUAAAUUCAUAGUCUGUGUUCAGAUGUUUGUGUUCUGAUUCAUUAAAAGUGGGAAAAAAUUAAUCUUAAAUUAUCUAAUCAGCUUAGCUUUAUAAUAAGAAAUUAAUUUAGUUGAAAAUAUUUAUAAUUUUGCUAUCUAAAAUGAAAUAUAAAAUAAAUGCAAUUGGAAAAUUGAUUAAUUAAAGAGCUUUUUAUAUUUGACCUAAUUUAAAACAUCUAAUAAUAAAAAGAAUUUCUAUUAAUUCUAGAAUAAUUCAUCUAAUUCAACAUCCCAUUAUGAAGUAAGAAAUCAGUUUUUUAAAACCUAUUUUCAAUUAAGCUACAUAUAUUGAUUUUUUUAGAUUUUUCCAAUUAAACGAUAAACAAUAACAAUUGAUACUAAGACUCUUAGGGAAAAAGUAGCUGAUUUUCACUGUUUGGAUUAAAAAAAGUAGGAAUAAUGUGUAUUAUAAAUUUAUAAUACUUUCUAUUUCAUUUUUAUUUAAAAGCAGUGUAAAAAUUUUUAAAUUGAGAAUAUCAACAUUGAUAUCACUUUCAUCUAAUUAGAGAGUAGAUGCUUUUCUAGAUUUUUAAAAUCUGAAUUUAUUACAGUUUUCAUACAAGCAACUUAUAGAUAUGUUUUUAUAGCCUUAAAAAAUCAUCAAUGGAUUUUUAGAAACAAAAAUGAAUUUUUGAUAGCAAUAACUUUUUUUAUGGGUUCGGCAAUGUAAAUCAUCUGCUUUUGAAAUUUGAAGUUAGAAUGCCAUAUUUUAUAAGAAACACAAGAUAAUUACUUUUUAAGAAACAAAAGAUAAUUACUUUUUAAGAAACACAAGAUAAUUACUUUUU